CCAAUCGUAAAUGUACAAAGGACGAAUUCCGAUGCACAGAACCAGAUGGUCGGUGCCUGAAGAAGAGAUUCCGUUGCGACGGUCGUCAAGAUUGCAAAGACGGCGCUGACGAGCUCGGAUGCGUCCGACCUACGUGCUCGUCCGUUCAAUUCGAAUGCCACCAUGGAGGCUGCAUCAGCAUAAAAUGGGUUUGCGAUGGUGACGAAGACUGUCACGACGCGUCGGACGAGGUGGACCGUGAAAGACCGAAGAAUUGCUCCUCGAAGCGCUUCCAAUGCGCCAAUGGGAAGUGUGCGAUGUUAGACUGGGUGUGCGAUGGCCGGGACGAUUGCGGAGAUAAGAGCGACGAGCUCGAUUGCCCCCACGUGAAUCGUAAUCUGACCUGCAACGAUACCCAGUUCCAAUGCCAGGACGGCUCGACAUGCAUCAGCCUCCACUGGAAACGUGACGGAGCUCCCGACUGCUGGGACGGGUCCGACGAGCGCGAUUGCGCCGAAGAAUGUCAAGAGGAUCAGUAUCAAUGCCACGGCGGCGAAUGCGUCGGCGCGGACCUCGAGUGCGACGGUAAAUCCGAUUGUGCGGACGGGACCGAUGAGCACCCGAGGUGUCCCGAGAGCGUGGCCGAUGACAAAGCCCAUCGAGAAGACUGUGCGUAUCCCAGCAAGAGUGGGCCGGUGGGACCUUUGAAACGGAAGAAGCUCUUAGGCUCUAUCUCGAAGGCCGGUCAAAGGGCUCUGGAAUGA